AAAAAGGCCAAGGAAUAGUGAAGCAACGUUAGGCUAUGGAAGGCUAUGAUCUAUAACAUGUAAUACAUCAAAUAUCAAAAAGUACAUUCUUGUUUUAAAGGAAGGGGGAAAUACGUUAUUGGCGACAGAAGGCAUAUGAAGCUAAUUUGGUAUUUUAUCACGCAUAGAGAAAAUGUAGGAAGCUACUUCUGCCCAUUGCGCACCUGUUGCUGAUGGUAGGUGAUCUAUUUUAGACUGUUCUCGGUGAGUAUGGAAGUUGCAUGGUUAAAAUCGUCGGGAAUGGAGAAAACGUUUCGCCUUCAGGUGGAGCAAAUUCUGUCGGAGUUCCUCCUGAAGAAGGAGGAACUCAAGGAGGUCAUGAGACGCAUGCAACAUGAAAUGGAUCGUGGAUUACGCUUGGAGACACACGACAAGGCUAGCGUGAAGAUGCUACCCACUUAUGUGCGUUCCACCCCAGAGGGCUCUGAGGUGGGAGACUUUUUAGCCCUGGAUCUGGGAGGGACUAAUUUCCGGGUGAUGCUGGUGAAGGUGGGGGAGGACGAGGAGACGGGCUGGAAGGUGGAGACCAAGCACCAGAUGUACUCCAUCCCGGAGGAUGCCAUGACGGGCACGGCUCAAAUGCUCUUCGACUACAUUGCCGAAUGCAUCUCGGACUUCCUGACCAAGCACAACCUCAAGCACAAGAAGCUUCCCCUCGGCUUCACCUUCUCCUUCCCCGUGCGCCACGAGGACUUGGACAAGGGAAUCCUGCUGAACUGGACCAAGGGCUUCAAGGCCUCCGGGGCCGAGGGAAACAACGUGGUGGGCUUGCUCAGAGACGCCAUUAAGAGGAGAGGGGACUUUCAGAUGGAUAUUGUUGCCAUGGUAAAUGACACCGUGGCCACCAUGAUAUCUUGCUACUAUGAGGACCACAGCUGUGAGGUCGGCAUGAUUGUAGGGACGGGCUGCAAUGUGUGCUACAUGGAGGAGAUGCGCACAGUGGAGCUGGUGGAGGGGGAAGAGGGGCGCAUGUGCGUGAACACUGAAUGGGGAGCUUUUGGAGACAACGGCGAGUUGGAGGAGUUCCGCCUGGAGUACGACCGAUUGGUGGAUGAGAUGUCACUCAAUCCUGGCCAGCAGCUCUACGAGAAGCUGAUCAGCGGGAAGUACAUGGGCGAGCUGGUGCGGCUGGUGCUGCUCAAGCUCAUCAACGAAGACCUGCUGUUCAACGGCGAGGCGUCUGACCUGCUGAAGACCAGGGGCAGCUUCGAGACUCGCUUCGUCUCCCAGGUGGAGAGUGACUCUGGGGACCGCAAGCAGAUCUACAACAUCCUGACCACGCUGGGUCUGCUGCCCUCCGAGUUUGACUGCGACGUCGUGCGCCUGGUCUGUGAGAGAGUGUCCACGCGGGCCGCGCACAUGUGCGGGGCGGGGCUGGCGGGGGUCAUCAACCGCAUGAGGGAGCAUCGCAGCCAGGAGGCGCUCAAGAUCACCGUGGGCGUCGACGGCUCCGUCUACAAGCUGCACCCCUGCUUUAAAGACAGGUUCCACGAAAUAGUUCGGGAACUGACGCCUCAUUGUGACAUCACCUUUAUCCAAUCAGAAGAGGGAAGCGGACGGGGUGCGGCACUGAUUUCCGCAGUAGCCUGCAAGAUGGCAGCCUGCAUGUUGGCCCAGUGAGGAUGUCUUACAGCCUCCCACCACUAGAGGAAGCGCAAGAACAUCUUGCUUAAGUGCUACGUAAUGGAUCACAUACAUUGGCCAUCCUUCCAAGGUUUCAAGCGCUCUCUUAUUGGGGUUUGCCAUUUAAUUCCAAGACUCGUGGGGCACUGCGUGAAGAGGAGUCUCACUUCACAAUGAAGCCGCAGAAGCUUCAGAAAACAUUAGCAGAGCUUUCAAACAUGUUAAGAAACUUGAGUUUGUUAUUAAUUCAGCACUUUCUUAAACUUCACAAGCAUGUUAUUACUUAAAAGAAUUUGGAGGGACAUAUGUCCUAUCCAAGUGUCCACAAUGGUAAAGCAUGUUUGUGAAUACUGUUUGAAUUGCACAGCAGCCACUGUAGUGUUCUGAUAAUGCAGCUAGUAAUGAAACAGUUUGACACCUAUAUGUUCAACAGCCAGUUUGUCAUGCACAGUUGUAAACUGUGUCUAAUGUGGAUGCUAGCUGUGUUAUGGACUUGAGCAUGGUUUUACUGUGCUGAGUCAUAGCAUAAAGAGGGAUGGAAAUUUAAGAGUAUUUUGAAGAGGAAUUAGAAUUUUUUGUUUGUAUUGGAACAACACUUCGGUUUUAAAUGUGGUGAAUUGCAAGGUAAGAAUGGGUAACAAAUGUGAUGCUAAAGCUAUUCCUUACCAACAUAUGAAUUAGCUAUUAUUUUAUUCAGCUAAGUGUUUUCCUUUUCCAAUAGCUAUGUCACUUACACCAAUGUAAGCAUGGUACCCCCUUCUUCUUGGCCCAGUACCCUAGUUGGGGAGUCAUUCUUAUGUUCAUCUGUCUUAUCUGUAAUUGAAACAAAAUCCUAUAUAAUACUUUUCCAGUUUUGUAAUAUAUGGACAUUUUCAAGAUAUGUAAUACAUUAUUUAGCAGCAUGUUAUUUUUAAGAACAGAAUGUGCUUUGAACAUGUGAGAAAUCAUUGUAAAUAAAAUUGUAAAUGGGGAGAUGCUGUCAUAUAAGAACUGCACUG